CAGACAGCCCUCAAUCUCCUAUUCAAUCCCCCGAAUAGAACACUCAAGGUCACUCGGGAUCGGAUUCGACUAUAUUUGUCGGCUAUUCCACUUCCUCGCGCCAACAGCAACUCCCAAGGUCACACAACAGCGGCAGACCGAUUGCAAUGGGACUCCGUCGUGGCCGAUGCACUCUGUUGCUCGGUCUCUUGACUAGCACAUUCGUUGGUUUCUACACUCUUGCCCGUAUCUUCUCAUCCAGCUCCAUUUACCCCUCUACAAGCGUACCUGACGAUGUCACCAUCCCAGACGAGGUGUUCGGGUUGUUAUGGUUCGUCACUGCGCCUACGGAACAGGGACGAACUAUUGUUGUGCAGGGUGACGAGGGCAGAGAAGCGUUUGCAAACGUAGGCACGGAAAUGGGACACGCUCUGAAUGGUCCAGUAAACCCCGAGAAACCAGUUGACAUGACAUGGUAUGCGCUGGGGUCCAUCAUGUCGCAGAGACAGGACAAGGAUCGUAGUCGUGGUAAUAACGGGAGGGGGUUCGUGAACUCAUGGAGUAAGGGAUCGAAACGGAAUAGAGCCGGGUGGGCAGAGAGGAUGCGGGUGUUGCAGGAGGAGUACCCGCUAAUUGUAUUCUCGAAGACCUACUGCCCGUAUUCGGCCCGGGCAAAGAAGUUAUUAGAGCGCUAUGAUAUCACUCCACGACCUAAAAUCAUAGAAGUCGAUCUGCGAUCCGAUGCUCCUCACAUCAAAGGAAUCCUCACGCGCCUUACCCGUCACGCUACCUUCCCUAAUAUUAUCUUACAUGGCCACUCGCUUGGAGGGUCGGACGACCUCCUACGCAUGCAUGAAGGAGGGGUCCUACGCAGCGAACUGGAGGCUGAGGGGUUGAAGGUUGGAUGGAAUGGUGAGGACGAGGGGAAAGAGGACGUUAUAGUGUGAUCAUUAGAAGUAUCGAAUCUCAUCUUAAGCUUAAGUUAAUCAAAUGCUGAUAGGCAACUACACACCGAU